GAAGCAGUGCAAUGGAAUCAGAGAGCAGAAGGAUCGCAGACACCAUAGACUCAUUCUCAGCGACAUCUCGAUGGUACAGAACAGCGGUUACAUGAACGUGAUUACAGGCGUCAGGAGUUCAGAUGGGAGUUUGAAGACUGACGGUUUAAAUGAGGUUCCAGAAGAAAAGGUUUCCGACGCACUUGCAACUGAGACGGCACCUAUGUUCGCCAAUCGCAUCAAUGACGAACUGUUUGUGCUGUAUGAACCAUCGUAUGGACCUUACGACAUGGAGAUAAUAUUUGUGCACGACCUAUAUACUGAAGGCUCUGAAGAUGCCUGGAAAACCACAUGGACCAACGACGAUGGCACAUGCUGGCCGAGAGAAUUCUUGGGAAAAAAGUUCCCAAGAGCUCGUAUAUUAUCGGUGUCUUAUGAUGCUUGUGUGAUUACGAAUAGUACCCAGGGCCGAAUGAAUUCCUUGUUCACCAUUGCAGAAAAUCUAAUGGUCAACUUUUUCCUUCCAAGAAGCAAGGUUGGGUUGACAUCCAACUGCCCAGUUUUGUUCGUCGGACAUGGUCUGGGAUGCUUCGUCAUUAAGAAUCUCAUGCUCAAAGCGAGUGAACAAUUUGCGGAGAACGAAGAGAAAAGGAGGAAAUUUUUGGAAAACGUAGGUGGCUUUGUGUUCUAUUCUCCUUUCAACUCCGGAGUCAAAUGGGACCUGUAUGCCAAUGAGUCUGGUCAAAGUAAUACACUGACGGACUACUUAAGACCACACAGCGCAGAACUCAGUCGACUCAAUGAAGCUUUCGCAAGCCUUCGACGCCGUAUGCAGGAGAGGCGGAACUCAAGGAACUUGUGGACGGUCUUGACAAUCUGCGAGUCACAUGAAACAGCAUCAAGCAGCCGUGGCCGCUCGCAAAGAUCAGGAACCUUUGUCACAGAGGCAACGGCCAGAUUCGAUUGCGAACAAUUCCGAUUUGGAGUUGGUGACCAUUUCGGAGUCUGCAAACAUCAGUCAACAGGAGACGUUGGAUAUCAAUGCGUCGAAAAUUGGCUGGAUUCUAUCCUGAAGAGUCAAAGAAAGCCUAGACCCUACUCCAUGCCCAAAUUUGAUGGGACAGAUGAUGAAAACGUUUUGAAGGCAUUUUAUCCCCAAUUUGAUGGGACAGAUAAUGAAAACGUUUUGAAGGCAAUUUCUCCCCAAUUUGAUGGGACAGAUCAUGAAAACUUGUUGAAGGCUUUUCUUCCCCGCGAGCCGUUCAUGGACCCUUCUCCUGACAAACUCCCUUCCUACAAUUCCGGAGAACUCGUUCUCAAGUUUUUGUCAGACAUUGUUACAGGACAGGACUAUGAAGCAGCCCUUCUAAAGUUUAGUUCAGACAUGGAUUCACUAAAAGAACAGGCGUAUGAAGCAGCCGUUCUAAAGUUUUGUCCAGACAUUGACGUUUUGAAGGCAAUUUCUCCCCAAUUUGAUGGGACAGAUCAUCUUGGAACGAAGUGCUAGAAACCACUGAUGAUAAUCAGUUUCUGUGUACUGCAAGGUGUGACUAUAUAUAAACAUAUAUAAAGGAGCAAAGGUCCUAAACUCUAAACCUUAAAACUUAAACCUACCCCUAGACAUAAUCUCUGUAAGAAUACCAUUCCUGGAGUGCAAAAGACUUAUUCCAGAAUAUGAAUAGACUUCAAGGCCAAGGUAGUAUCUAUGCUGGUUAAAUUUCAAUCUAGGAAGUGAUUUGGUCAGCAUGUCCGCCGGGUGUAAUUUGGUAGAGAGGGAUUGAACUGUAAUUUCUCCAAGAGUCAUCCG